AUAAUGUUGAAUCGCAGUAUACACUGAGUUUAGUUUUGUUAGAGUAGUUUCAUUUAUUCCAAAUUAUGUGUUUGUCUCCAAAUUAUGUUACUAGAUUAGUGGUUUCUUGGUUUUAAAAUGGAACCGUCCUGCACGUCCAACACGUCAGCUGAUCGGCAGCCAUCUACCACCAUUCGCCGACGUCGUCGCCAAGAAAAGUUCCACAAUCAACAUAAGGAUACAACAUUGUCGUUGUUUUCCAAACCCUACUCCAACUAUCGUCUGCCGGUCUCUGUGGCCUCGACUGAUCUGAACUUGGUACAACUGAGCCGAUAUGACUCACUCGCGGAUCGUGCUCGACACCCUCCCCUCUAUGUUGUGCCAGAUCAAAAGUCACAAUGGGCGCGUUUACGUAUGAUUUCAUGUCCUAUACAAGGGUGUUCCUGUACAUUGGAUCCGAAUGGAUGGCUGGCGCACUAUUUGAACGAGCACAUGCCAAGGACGGGUAUUGCCUUCAAGGAUGUUGCAUUCCCUACUGAGAAAAAAACGUUGCAUGCUGUCUGCCAUAUUAAUAGUCUUGAAUACGACGUUGACAAACUACUAGGCGUCUAUGGAUAUCAGCGACUUGGUCUCAAUCCGCUUAAUUGUCCUCGAAAUACGCUUCUUCCCAGGGAUUACCGUAAAUUCUCGCAGCAUGGUGUUUUAAUGCUGUUUGCUUGCCGCACCAGGCAUUCGCUGUUAUGGGAACGCAAACAGAUGACCGAUGUGAUCGCCAUUUGGGUAUCAACUCCAUUGCAGGCCGUAUCUAUUACAUUGCGCUGUGUAGUUCAGCCUGCGCAAUCCACACGAUACUAUUCCAAGCGCAUUCAUGCCCGAUCAUUGCCAACGACAGCGGUGCAAGCAGCGCCAUGCCGCGACUUUAUCAAGACGGAUAGCAACGUCAUUGUCAUUAGCUAUCAAGACUUGUGGCCACUAAUGUCAUUGAGUCCAGGGCAACAGUUGCUGCAUGUGGAGCUGCACGUGAUGGGCGAACAGAAGGUCUAAUUGCGUUUCAAUAAAAAUUGGUCAGACGAAACUUA